AUGGCGCCUCUUAUUCCUCGUCUGCAUCUCUUUGAAAUUGAUGACCAGCCAUGGUUCCCUGCAUUUCUACGCAGUCGCAUCCAGAAUGCUCUCACUGCUGCUUGGAACUCCAAUACUCCUCUUCAGCCACAGUCACCCGCGCGUAUCGCUGCAUCUACACUUAUUCGUGAACUUGACAGCUCACUCUCAUCUUACACCUUCAUCGACUUCUGCGCCGGCGGUGGUGGACCUACACCAGCGAUCCAGAAGGCCAUCAACACUCAUCUCAAAGCUGAAGGAGAGCCGCCAGUUGAUUUCAUCCUGACGGACUUGCAUCCCAACGUGGGGGCAUGGGAGAAGGUCGUGAAAAACUUUCCGCAAAUAGCAUAUGAAAGGCAGCCUGUGGAUGCGAGUAAAGCUCCUAACCACCUCGUGGAAUGUCAAGACGGAAAAAAAGUGAUGCGACUGUUCAACCUGGCUUUCCAUCACUUUGGCGAUGCCUUAGCGAGGGAUAUACUCAGAGAUACAGUGAAUACAAGCCAUGGAUUCGCUAUAUUUGAGCUUCAGGAUCGUAGCCUCUCAAGCAUGAUUAGUGUCUUCAUGCUCGGGGUUGCAUCUGUAGUCAUGGCACCGGCUUUCGCCUGGAAAUGGAGAGAUCCCAUUUCUCUCGCAUUCUCAUGGCUUAUGCCAGCCUUGCCAUUUGUCUUGGUAUUUGAUGGAAUAGUUUCAUGCUUAAGGACAAGAACUCCAAAUGAGAUAGAAAGUCUCCUUCGUGGUUGCGGUGCAGACACGAGCUCAUGGGAGAUGCGAAGUGGUAAAUGCAAGUUUAUCUGGCCGUGUGGAUAUCUGAGUUGGGUUAUAUGUAGACCCGUCGAGAGGACUUGA